UUUAUUUCUUAAACUUAAUAUGUAACUAGGUCAAGACACAUAAAUUUGCCAAUGUCUUUAUUUCUUAAAUUUUUUAAUGAAUCGACCAAUAAAUAAAGUCCUAUAAAAACCCCUAAAGCUUAGAUCAUCCACACAACCAUACUAUAGCAACUCUUUUAGAAAGAAAAAAGAAAUGGAGAAGCGAACUAGUACUACUAUUCUUCUAGCUCUAGUCCUCUUCAUCGUAUCCGGAGUUGCCAACGCACAGCAGUGCGGAAGGCAAAGGGGCGGAGCCUUAUGCGGCGGAAACUUAUGUUGCAGCCAAUUUGGAUGGUGUGGAUCGACACCCGAAUACUGUUCACCUAGCCAAGGUUGCCAGAGCCAAUGCAGUGGAAGUGGUCCGACUCCAGAAGGAAGCGCGCAAAAUGUACGUGCAACGUAUCAUUUGUAUAACCCGCAGAAUGUUGGUUGGGACUUGAAUGCUGUUAGUGCUUAUUGCUCGACAUGGGAUGCUAAUAAGCCUUUGGCUUGGAGGAGCAAGUAUGGUUGGACUGCUUUCUGUGGUCCUGUUGGACCUCGUGGUCAAGCCUCCUGUGGCAAGUGCUUAAGGGUCACAAACAGACGAACCAGAGCUCAAACAACGGUGAGAAUCGUGGAUCAAUGCAGCAACGGUGGACUAGACUUGGACAUUAACGUUUUCCGGCAAAUCGACACAGACGGAGUGGGAAAUCAACAAGGUCACCUUAUGGUGGACUACCAAUUUGUUAAUUGCGGUGACAAUGUGAAUGUUCCUCUCUUGUCUGUAGUUGACACACAAUGAGGAGCCACAUGGCUCUGUUUAGUCUGAUGAAUAAUAAGGUCAUCUUUAACGAUUCAAAUAAAAAUAAAAGAAUGAAAAAGAAAAUAAGGUUAUUCUGAAGGGAUUAUGCAAUUUCAUAUGAUCUUAUUAUAUUUAUCAUGAAUGUCUUCAUUUGGGGAAGAAUGAAGUGAAGUGUGUAUUAUCUUUGUGAUCA